AUGAGCAAUAUGGAAAUAGAGAUAGCUUCUCCUGGCGGUGCGGCGGAUGUGGAAACAGGCGGCGGCGUGUUUCUGACGUGGGAGGAUCUGACGGCGGUGCUGCCCAAUUUUAGUAAUGGGCCGACAAAAAGGCUGAUAAAUGGGCUGAGUGGUUAUGCGCUUCCGGGCCGGAUCAUGGCGGUUAUGGGCCCGUCUGGGUCCGGCAAGUCCACCUUUCUUGAUUCCUUGGCAGGUAGACUCUCGGGCAAUGUGAUAAUGUCCGGUGAUGUGCGUCUUAAUGGCAGGAAAAGAAAGCUUCACCACGGCGUCGUUGCUUACGUCACCCAAGAGGACGUGAUGCUGGGCACGCUCACCGUCCGAGAAACAAUCGCUUACUCGGCAUCCCUACGGCUCCCGAGCUACACAACAAAAACCGAGCUAGCCGAGUCUGUCGAGAGCACAAUUACAGAAAUGGGCCUCCAGGACUGCAGUGACCACAUCAUCGGCAACUGGCACCUGAGGGGCAUAAGCGGCGGCGAAAAAAAGAGGCUAAGCAUAGCCCUGGAGAUCAUAACUCACCCGAGCCUGCUCUUCCUUGACGAGCCGACUAGCGGUCUCGACAGUGCAUCUGCAUUUUUCGUCGUGCAGUCCUUACGAAACAUUGCGUGCAAAGGCCGAACCAUUGUCUCAUCCAUUCACCAGCCGAGUAGUGAGUUCUUUGCAGAUGCGGGAUUCCCGUGCCCGCACAAAAGGAACCCUUCGGAUCAUUUCCUUCGUUGUGUUAACUCAGAUUUUGACGACGUCGCCAAUACUUUGAUCGGCUCCCAAAGAAUAUUGAAAGAUAUGAAUGAGGCUUUGAUGGGUUCGCAAAGGAUGAAAGAUAUAGAGUUUACCACAGGUCCACUGAUGGAUUUGGCAACAGGGGAAAUCAGAGCAAAGCUUAUUCGCAAGUAUCGAAACUCGAAGUUCGCGGCAAGGGCGAAAGCUAGAAUCAAAGAAUUCUCAACUAAUGGGGGCAAUUUCGUCUUUGGGGAAAUGAGCGGGAGCCAGGCCACAUGGCGAAUGCAACUCUCGACUCUCACGAGAAGAUCAUUCAAAAACAUGACAAGGGACUUCGGUUACUACUGGCUGAGAAUCAUAGUCUUCAUAUUGGUGUCCGUUUGCGUAAGCUCGGUUUUCCACAAUGUGGGCACAAAUUCCCAUGCAAUCCUAGCAAGAGGAGCCUGCGGCGGCUUCGUAUCUGGCUUCAUGACCUUCAUGACCAUCGGUGGCUUCCCAUCCUUCAUUGAAGAAAUGAAGCUAGGCCAGCCGAGAGUGAAGGGAGAAAAUGUGUUGACAUCGAUUAUAGGAAUCUCUCUAAAUCAUUCCAAGUGGUGGGACCUGGCUGCCGUUGCCUUGAUUCUUGUGGCUUAUAGGUUAUUGUUUUUCGCCAUCAUCAAGUUCAAGGAGAGGGCACUGCCACUGCUCAAAUCGCACUACACGGAAAAAACUCUUUCUCGCAUGAAAAAGAGGCCGUCUUUCAGAAAGGCGCCAAUUACGCUCUCUUUUUCUUCAAAGAGGCAUCACGUCAUGCAACCCUUGUCGUCUCAAGAGGGUCUAAACUCACCAUUACAAUGA